CUAAACCCACAACAGUAAAAUCAGUCUGUAUAUGCAGUAAAGCAUGCUUGUUAUACUCAUUGUAGAACCUAAGGGGUUAAUCCUCUUCAUUGUGUAAAAACGCAGUUUGAUCCUGACUUCUCUGAUCCUCCCCUUCUUCCAGUUUCUCCCUCUUACCUCCUGAUGAGACAUUCUGUACAUGCCCAGUUUGGGGUGUAUUGCUAGAGAGGUUGUUUGUUUUUGCUUUUUCUUGGGAUUGUACGUGUUCAGCAGAGGGCCAAUCGGCACUGUCCAGACAGAAGUCAGGGGUUCUGCAUCCUAGAGCAG